CACACACACACACACACACACACACACAGUGCGAGCAAGCUCACAAUGUUUCGCAGGCAGCGCCAGUCGACCCCAGACUCUGUGAUCAUCUGAACCGGAAGUCUGUUGCAGACAGUUCCCGGCCCUCUGAGCUGUCCGGUACCGGAGCUUUUAAUCAUGGUUUUCGAGUCCCUAGUCAGUGACCUGCUGAACCGUUUUAUUGGGGACUACGUGGAGAACCUGGACAAGUCUCAGCUGAAGAUCGGGAUCUGGGGAGGAAAUGUUGUUCUUGAGAACCUGAGAGUUAAAGAAAAUGCUCUGAGCGAGUUUGAUGUUCCCUUCAAAGUAAAAGCUGGACAGAUUGAGAAGCUGACGCUGAAGAUUCCCUGGAAGAACCUUUACAGCGAAGCGGUGGUCGCCACUUUGGAGGGUCUGUACCUGCUAGUUGUUCCUGGAGCCACAAUAAAAUACGAUGCAGCAAAGGAGGAGCGCUACCAGCAGGAGGCGAAGCAGAAGGAGCUGCAGCGGAUCGAGGAGGCGCUGCUGACAGCGGCACGAAGAGCAUCUCACACCGGGGAUCUGCUGUGUGGUUUGGAGAGUGUUGUUUACAAGGAACCACUCAAUGUCCCAAAAGGACGUAAAAAGCAUAAAAAGCACAAAAGAACUUUAAAGAAGCUGAAACGACACGAGAAACAAGCAGACAAGCCUCAGGAGGAAAAGAAGGACACGUUUGUGGAGAAACUGGCCACUCAGGUGAUCAAGAACGUGCAGGUGAAGAUCAGCAGCAUCCAUCUGCGCUACGAGGAUGAUCUGACAGACCCACAGCGCCCCCUGUCUGUGGGAGUGACUCUGUCAGAGCUCAGUCUGCAGACUACGGACGAAAACUGGAAGUCGUGUAUUCUGAAUGAAGCUGCAAAGAUCAUCUAUAAGCUGGGCCGGCUGGAGUGUCUCUGUGCCUACUGGAACGUUAACAGUCAGAUGUUCUAUAAGAACCAGUGGGAGGAUGUUGUGGACCUGCUGAAGGCUGGAGUCUGCUCUAAGGACCAGGAAGUUCUCCAGUAUCAGUACAUCUUCAAGCCAAUUUUUGCUUCUGCUAAAAUGUGCAUCAAUCCUUCCGCUGAGGCAGAGCUGAAGGCUCCGAAGGCAAACCUUCAACUGGAGGUCCAGAACAUCGCCAUUGAGAUGACCAAACCACAGUACCUGAGCAUGGUGGACGUGCUGGAGUCUGUUGAUUUGAUGGUGAAGAACGCCCCCUUCAGAAAGUUCAGACCUAAUGUCCCGGUCCACCAGAACACCAGACUCUGGUGGAAGUACGGUUACAACAGCAUCAUGGAGGGACACAUCCGGCGCAUCAGCCGCAUGUGGUCCUGGUCCAACAUCAGACGGCACAGAGAGAUCCUGAGGUCCUACAAGAACACCUACAAGACCAAACUGCUGAGUCAGACUAAACCAGGGUCUGAUGCUGAACAGCAGAUCCAGGAUUUGGAGAAAAUUCUAGACGUGUUCAACAUCACUCUGGCCCGCCAGCAAGCCCAGAUGGAGGUGAUCCGAUCCGGACAGAAACUGGCUGCGAAGAAGGCUGGGGCUCAGAAACAGGGAGGAGGUUUCUUCAGUGGCUGGUUUGGAAGGAAACCAAAGACGGAGGAGCAGGAGUUGGAGGAGAGCCUGGAGUCUGAAAGUUCAGGCUUGGACCAACUCAUGACAGCUGAGGAGAAGGAAAAACUCUACACAGCUAUUGGCUACAGUGGCAGCUCCCACAAUCUGGCCUUACCCAAACAGUACGUUGCUGCAGUUGUCACUUUCCAGCUGCUGAAGACCUCAGUGACGAUCAGAGAGCAGUACAACGUUCCAGAGAUCCUGAAGAUCCAGAUGAUCAACCUCAGCACUAAAAUAUCUCAAAGACCUGGAGCCCAGGCUGUCAGGGUGGAGGCAGCACUGGAGCACUGGUAUGUCACGGGUCUGCAGCAGAUGGGAACGGUCCCUUCACUCAUCACCUCGGUAGGAGAGUCUUCAUCGUCUCUCCUCAGUGUGGUGUUUGAGCUGAACCCAGAGGAAAGCUCUGGCGACCAGCUGCUCAGGGUCCACUCUCAGCCAGUGGAGAUCAUCUACGACGCAGUGACCGUCAACAGUAUGGUGGACUUCUUUAAGACAGGGAAAGGUGUGGACCUGGAGUUCCUGACCUCUGCCACGCUGUCCAAACUGGAGGAAAUCAAAGAAAAAACUGCAGCAGGGUUGUUUCACAUCAUUGAGACCAGGAAAGUGUUGGAUCUGAAAAUCGACCUGAAACCAUCUUACUUACUGAUCCCGAUGUCGGGCUUCUACAGCGACAGAGCAGACCUCAUAAUCGUGGACUUUGGUAGCUUCCAGCUGAAUAGCGUUGAUCAGUUUGGCUCCAUUUCCUCUCCAUCGUCCUCGUCUCUGGAGGAGAUCAUGAAUCGAGCCUAUGAGAGAUAUGAUGUUGGGCUGAGGCGAGUUCAGCUGCUCUACAGCAAGUCAGGAGAGGCCUGGAAGUCGGCUCGGUUGCAGAGUUCCUCUGUCCAGCACAUCCUUCAGCCGAUGGACUUCACUCUGCAUCUGGCUAAGUGUAUGGUGGAUAAGGACGUCCGGAUGCCCAGGUUCAAGGUGUCUGGAGAACUGCCGCUUCUACACAUUAAGAUCUCGGACCAGAAGAUCCAGAAUGUUCUGGAGUUGGUCGACAGCAUUCCCUUUCCCAAGAUGGACUCCUCCCCAUCCACCCCUAACAAGAAGGUGUUGCCUUUAGUGGAGGCGCGACCACAGAGAGCCAGCCUUAACCCUGCCCUCCUGACCAUAGUAGAUACAGAUUCAGAUGAAGAUAUCAGUGAGAAGUCACCAGAUGAGGACCCUCAGCACUCUUCUCUGGAGGAUCUCAUCAAUGUUCACUUUAAGUUUGAAGCCAGAGAGGUGCUGCUGGAGCUCACCCGGCAGGUGGACCAGGAGAAAACCAUCCUGUCCUUCAGCAUCUGUCAGCUGGGAGCUGAAGGGAAGAUGAGGAGCUUUGACAUGAGUGUCACCUCGUACCUGAAACGAGUCUCCCUCAACUACUGUGAUGUUCCAGGUGGCAGGAGUCCGCUCCACCUGAUCAGCUCCUCACAGCAGCAGAGCUCCAACCUGCUGAAGGUGGAGUUCAUCAAGGCUGAUCCGAGCGGGCCGAGCUUCCAGACUUUAUUCAACAACACCGAGCAGACCCUGAAGGUGGAGUUCACCUCUCUAGACUUCCUGCUUCACGCCAAAGCUCUGCUAUCGACCGUCAGCUACCUGAACAGCGCCAUGCCUCCACAGCUCAGCGCCGUCCGUGAUUCAGGCUCCAAGAAGCAGAUGGAGACUACUGCUCAGAGUCAGACAGCAUCCAAGGGAGGCAAAGACAGUGACGUCUUCAGCUUCAAGCUGUUCGCCGUGUUGGGCUGCUUCCAUGUGGAGGUGUGUGAUGAUCGCCGCAGCAUUGCUGACAUCAGAGUUCAAGGAAUCGAUGCGUCGGUGUCCGUGCAGGCGAAGGAAACAAAGGUGUUCGCUCGACUCCUAGACAUGGUGGUCACGGACGCUAACCCCAAAACCAUCCACAGACAGGUCGUGUCCAUCGUAGGUAAGGAGGUGUUCAGCUUCGAGCUGUCUCUGUUUCCGGGGGCGACGGAGGGUGAAGGUUACAGCGACACAUCAAAGGUGGACGGAAAUGUCAAGAUGAGUCUGGGCUGCAUCCAGAUCGUCUACCUGCACCAGUUCCUCAUGUCUCUACUGGUGUUUGUGGACAACUUCCAGACGGCUAAAGAAGCUCUCAGUGCCGCCACAGCCCAGGCAGCAGAGAAGGCGGCGUCCAGUGUUCGAGACUUUGCUCAGAAGAGUUUCCGUCUGUCCAUGGACAUCAAGCUGAAGGCUCCUCUGAUCAUCAUCCCUCAGUCCUCCACCUCCAAAAAUGCCCUGGUGAUGGAUCUGGGUCUGAUCACGGUGGGGAACAGCUUCGCUCUGCAGCCGACUAAAGGUUUCCCUCUUCCAGCUGUGGUGGAGAAGAUGGAUGUCAAGCUGACGCAACUGAAGCUUUCCAGAAAAAUCCUGAAUCAGGACCAACGUCAUGACGACAUUGAGAUCCUUCAGCCAAUCAACUUGGAGCUACUGGUCAUCAGAAACCUGACUGCUUCCUGGUUCUCAGAGAUUCCAGGGGUCCAGGUUCAGGGACUCCUCCGGUCUCUCAGUAUGAGUCUGGGUGAAGAAGACCUCAGUGUCAUGAUGAAGAUUCUGGUGGAGAACAUCAGAGAGGGAAGCGAAGAACAGAAUAAGAGACUGCUGGUCCAAGGGAAGACAGAGCUCGCUGAGCUGACAGAGGUGGCGCUGUUGCAGCCGGGUUCUGCUGGAGUGAUGGUUACUACAAAUGGAGGACUGACAGAAAACACCAUUAAUGUUCUACUCAACUUUGAAGUUAAAGAGGUGCUGCUGUCUCUGAAGAAGUCCAUCGAGCAGAAGGAGUCUCCAUUCCUGGUCUUCCAGCUGGAUCACCUGGGAAUCAACACUGAAGUCAGGAAGUAUGACAUGUCUGCUACCACCUACAUUAGGAAGGUCUCCAUGAAGUCCCUGGAAUUCAAAGAACCGAGUGGCGAGCCGCUGUGUCUCAUCAGCUCUUCAGUGUACUCAGACAGCUCGCUGCUUAGUGUGGAGUAUUGUAAGGCAGACCGCUGUGGACCAUCCUUCUCCACCAUACACAAGAACACCGAGCAGAUGAUGAGCGUCACUUUCACCACGCUGGACGUCGUGCUUCACACUGAAGCUCUUCUGUCAGCAGUUAACUUCCUGUCCACGGCUCUGUCAUCCGGCAGCGCUCCAUCUCCAAAGGAGGUCCAACCAAAGGCGCAAGAGAAGACCGCGUCAACCAGGUCCACUGCCCUGGUCUCACCGGUGGACUCCAAGGUCGUGGAUCUGGAGGUGAAAAUGACUCUUGGAGCUUUCAAUGUGCUGGUUUGUGAUCAGACCUGCAACAUGGCUGACAUCAAGGUCCAAGGUAUUAACGGGUCCCUGCUGGUUCAGGGACCUCAGACCCACGUAUCCGCCCGACUCAGAGACUUCCUUGUUCUGAAUGUGGAUCCAAAUAGCAUCCACAAGAAGGCCAUCUCCAUCAUGGAGGACGAGGUGUUCAGCUUCAGCAUGAGUUUGACCCCAAACGCCACGGAGGGCGCCGGGUACACGGACACCUCCAAGACGGAUGGCCGGGUGAAGCUGAACGUGGGCUGCAUCCAGGUGGUCUACCUUCACAAGUUCAUCACGUCUCUGCUGAAUUUCACCAACAACUUCCAGACGGCUAAAGAAGCUCUGAGCAGCGCCACGGUGCAGGCAGCAGAGAAGGCGGCGUCCAGCGUUCGGGGCUACGCCCAGAAGACUUUCCGUCUGUCCAUGGACGUCAGGCUGAAGGCUCCACUCAUCAUCAUUCCUCGUUCCUCCACCUCCCAUGAGGCGCUGGUGAUGGACCUGGGUCUGAUCACGGUGGGGAACAGCUUCUCUCUGCUGCCUGUCUCAGGAUGUCCGCUGCCGGCCGUCAUUGACAGCAUGGAGGUCCAGCUGACGGAGCUGAAACUGUCUAGAACCUGUUUGGACCCAGACUCAUGCCGACCCAACAUCGAGCUGCUGGAGCCGCUCAACCUGCAGCUGGGUGUGAGGAGGAACCUGUCAGUUGGCUGGUACCAGGAGAUGGCCGCUGUGGAGGUGGAUGGAGACCUCAAGCCCAUGAAGCUGGAGCUGAGUCAGGACGACCUGAGAGUCAUGCUCUGGAUCCUGACGGAGAACCUGGGAGAGGCUUCUGGUCCGAGUCCCAGUGCUCCCAGACAAGAGGCUAGUCAGCAGGUCCCAGCUUUCAGGAACCCCCCCACAGGUGAGUCUGAGAAGCCACCGGAGAGCAGUGGCAAACCCGUGGAGACUGUCCGGUUUAACUUCAACAUUGAGUCUCUUGGUCUGGUUCUGUACCACAACGACCCCAAGCAGCCCACAGGCCUCCAACACCAGCAGAACCUCAGACUUGGAGAAUUUGCCCUCCAGCUGCUGAAAACGUCAGGAAAGAUCCUGAAUGACGGCAGCAUGGAAGUGAGCACGGUUCUGACUGCCUGCACGCUGGAUGACCUGAGGACGGGGAUGGACUUGUCCAGAGCUGAGUUAAGAGCUAGUGAUGCACAGACGUAUGCAAGACACGGUUUCAGCUGUCGCACUGCUUGUGUCAAGUCACUCUUGAACAAGACACAGCAUCAGAAGUGUCUCGCCUGGGCUAAAGACAAAAAGGACAGAAAUGCUGCUGGGUCCACGGUCAACACAACCGUCUACCAGGAAGUUUUGGAGCACUUAAUGCUUCCUGCUGCUGAUCAGCUUUAUGGAGAUGCAGAUUUCGUUUUCCUACAGGACUUGGCACUUGCACACAGUGCCAAAGCUUCCAGUCCCUGGUUUGAGGACCAUGGUGUCCCUGUUCUUAACCUCACAGAAAAGCUAUGGGGUAUUGUGGAGAGGAAGAUGCAAUACACCAGACUCAACUAUUCAGAAUAG